AUGUCUACGACCGGUCAGAUUAUUCGAUGCAAAGCUGCCGUGGCAUGGGAAGCCGGAAAACCACUGGUUAUGGAGGAAGUAGAGGUUGCUCCGCCGCAAAAACAUGAAGUUCGUAUCAAGAUCCUCUUCACUUCUCUUUGUCACACCGAUGUUUACUUCUGGGAAGCAAAGGGACAAACACCGUUGUUUCCUCGUAUCUUCGGUCAUGAAGCUGGAGGGAUUGUGGAGAGUAUUGGAGAAGGUGUGACAGAUCUUGCACCAGGAGAUCAUGUGUUACCGAUAUUCACCGGAGAAUGUGGUGAUUGUCCUCAUUGUCACUCUGAGGAAUCAAACAUGUGUGAUCUUCUCAGGAUCAACACCGAACGCGGAGGGAUGAUACACGACGGUGAAUCGAGGUUCUCUAUCAAUGGGAAACCGAUUCAUCAUUUCGUUGGGACAUCAACGUUUAGUGAAUACACUGUGGUUCACUCUGGUCAGGUUGCUAAGAUCAAUCCUGAUGCUCCUCUUGAUAAAGUCUGCAUUGUUAGUUGUGGUAUAUCUACUGGGUUAGGAGCUACUUUGAAUGUUGCUAAACCGAAAAAGGGACAAAGCGUUGCGAUUUUCGGUCUCGGUGCUGUUGGUUUAGCCGCUGCUGAAGGUGCUAGAAUCGCUGGUGCUUCUAGAAUCAUUGGUGUUGAUCUCAACUCGAAGAGAUUCGAUGAAGCUAAGAAAUUCGGUGUGACCGAGUUUGUGAACCCGAAAGACCAUGACAAACCUGUUCAACAGGUGAUUGCUGAGAUGACGGAUGGUGGGGUUGACCGGAGUGUGGAGUGUACCGGAAGCGUUCAGGCCAUGAUUCAAGCAUUUGAAUGCGUUCACGAUGGUUGGGGUGUUGCGGUGCUUGUCGGUGUGCCAAGCAAAGACGAUGCCUUCAAGACUCAUCCGAUGAAUUUCCUGAAUGAGAGGACUCUCAAAGGUACUUUCUUUGGGAACUACAAACCCAAAACUGACAUUCCCGGGGUUGUCGAAAAGUACAUGAACAAGGAGCUGGAGCUUGAGAAAUUCAUCACUCACACAGUGCCAUUCUCGGAGAUCAACAAGGCCUUUGAUUACAUGUUGAAGGGGGAGAGUAUCCGUUGCAUCAUCACCAUGGGUGCUUGA